AUGCGACUAUUGUACUACACGAGUGGCGACCAGCUUGGCUGGACGAAGGACUUGAUCGGCGACGAUCUGGUCCCCCCUUACGCGAUACUGUCUCAUACCUGGGUGGAGGAUCAAGAAGUGACCUUUGAUGAUAUAACAAAGGACAGCGGAAAGAGCAAGACGGGAUACGACAAGAUCCGGUUUUGCGCACAACAGGCUGAGAGUGACGGCCUGCGUCACUUCUGGAUAGACACCUGCUGCAUCGACAAGUCAAACAACUCAGAGCUUUCAGAAGCGAUCAUCUCCAUGUUUCGCUGGUACAAGAACGCAAAGAGAUGCUACGUUUAUCUUUCCGACGUCUCCAGCGGAGCCGCUGAAAAUAAUAGCGACGGGCAUCGGAGAAGGGAACCGGCAAUUGGGAAGAGCAGAUGGUUUACUCGAGGCUGGACGCUUCAGGAACUUAUUGCCCCGGCAUCGGUUGAGUUUUUCUCUAAAGAGGGUGAUCGGCUUGGCGAUAAGCGAUCUUUGAUGCAGACUCUUUAUGAAAUCACUGGAAUCGCUGUGCAAGCCCUUGAAGGAAGUCCGAUGGAUUCCUUCACUGUGGACGAACGGAUGUCGUGGGCACGAAGACGCAACACAAAGCGCGAGGAAGACGCAGCGUACCCGCUUCUAGGCAUCUUCGACGUCCAGAUACCGCUUCUCUACGGAGAAGGGCGGCAGAAGGCCUUAGACCGAUUGCGGAAAGCGAUUCGAGAGCACAACUCCAUCAACUUGCCCAUCGCGACCGGCGCUUCCUAUAACUCCCAUGCCGAAGAACACAACUCACGAUGUCUACCGAACACCCGCACCGCGCUAUUGCACGACAUCGCGAAUUGGGCGAAUGCCGAGGAGAGCAAACCUAUAUUCUGGCUGAGCGGCAUGGCUGGUACGGGAAAGUCCACAAUUGCGCGGACGAUUGCCCAGUCAUUUGCCAGCCACGGCCAGCUUGGAGCAAGCUUCUUCUUUAAGAGAGGCGAAGGCGAGCGCGGCAACGCCUCACGAUUCUUCUCCACCAUCGCUAACGACUUGGUGGCUUGUGAGCCAGGCAUGCUACCCGGCAUUAGGAAGGCGCUCGACGAGGACUCAGCUAUUUCGGAUAGAGUUCUGGAAGACCAGUUCGAGAAGCUGAUCCUGCAGCCACUCGUGGGGAUAAAGCAGGCCUGUUCCCAGACCUUGGCGCGCGUUGUCGUACUAGACGCGCUCGACGAAUGUGAGCAAGAGCAAGACAUCCGAACGAUCCUUCAGCUGCUUGCUCGGACGAAGGCUAUCCGGCCAGUGCCGUUACGGAUCGUAGUAACUAGCCGACCAGAGCUCUACAUUCGCCUCGGCUUCAAGGAGAUGCCGAACGGCACAUACCAAGACCUAGUCCUUCACGAGGUACCAAGAACUACGAUUAAACACGACAUACGUCUCUUCCUAGAGCAUGAGCUUGGUACAAUACGAAAAGCGCGCAUGCUGUCCUCAGACUGGCCAGCGACACACCAGAUUCAGGCUCUAGUUGAGCUAGCUGUGCCGCUAUUCAUCUAUGCUGCUACUGUGUGUCGAUAUAUUGGCAGCAAAGGAGGUAACCCGGAAGGGUACUUACGCAAAGUUCUGGAGUAUCGAAAGUCGACUUUUUCGCAGCUAGAUCGAACCUACCUCCCUGCUCUAGACCAGCUACUUGAUGAGCAGGAAGACGAGAAGGAAGAGUGGCUUCAUGCAUUUAGAGAACUUCUAGGCAGUAUUGUCGUUCUAGCGAGGCCGCUUUCUCGCAUCUCACUUGCACGCCUUCUCCAAGUGCCCCAAGAGGAGAUCACCUGUCGGCUAGACUCUUUGCACUCUGUUCUUAAUGUUCCUAACCAGGAAGAUAUGCCAGUCAGGCUGCUGCAUUUGUCCUUUCGCGAGUUCCUUGUCGACCCUCGAAAACAGGGACAGAGCCCCUUCUGGGUAGAUGAGAGAGCGAGACACGAGAGCCUACAACAGAACAUGUGCGACUUAGAGCCUGGGACUUUGAGAAGCGAGGUUGAUGAAGGAGAAAUUUCAACCUACCUGUCGCCUGAGUUGCAGUAUGCUUGCCGCUACUGGGUGUAUCACCUCAAGCAGAGCCAGCGUCUUGUUAGCAACAAGGCUACUGUAGAUACGUUCCUCCAGAAACACUUCCUUCACUGGCUUGAAGCGAUGAGUCUAAUUAGAGAUACACACAAAUGUGUUUCCUUGUUAGAAACACUUUCUACGCUCGUUGAGGCAUCAAACAGUGCUCUUUCUGCGUUUCUCCAUGACGCUCGACGAUUUACUCUUCGAUUCCGACAUAUACUCCAAGAUGCUCCUCUACAAAUAUAUUCCUCGGCUCUUAUAUUUGCCCCAGAAGCAAGUAUAGUACGAAAAGCUUUUGUAGACGAAAUGCCAAAGUGGAUUAAGUUAUUGUCAAAACGGGAAGACGACUGGGAUGCUUGCCGCAGCGUGCUCGAGGGCCAUAACUCCAGCGUCAACGCCGUCGCCUUCUCGCCAGCGGGCCCAGGUCUGAGGAAAGUGGCGCCGUCACGACCUUUCUCGAGAUUCCUCGCUUCCAGGAAUAUACAGACGCGCAGAGGCGCUUUCUCAACUCUCCGAUCCAUCGAAGUGUCCAUCUUUGCUUGGUGCUUGCCCACGCUCAAAUACACCAAACCAUCCUUCGCCGACUCAGCUGUGUAUCUCUACAUCUCCUCACUAAGCAACGUCGCACGGCAACAUCAAUUGCCGAAGGCUUCCAUGAAGCUGGCCUCUAUGGAACUCUGGCGAGGCCUUAGAGUUUGA